CGGCUCUCUGCUGAUGAUGGCUCUUCGUAUUUUAAUCAUUACCUCUGAAAGUGUCUUUCGAUAGAGUUGAACAGACUGCUGUUGAAGGAGCUGAGAUAACUACACAUGGCAACUCGUAUCAGACCUAGCAACAAGCGUUGCGCUGUCAUCGGAGGGUCUGGAUUCCUCGGCAGACACCUUGUGGAGCAUUUAUUGGACAAAGGAUAUGCAGUGGCUGUGUUUGAUAUCAGACAGGCCUAUGAACAUCCAGGAGUGACCUUUCACCAAGGGGACCUGUGUGACAAACAGGCUUUGCUUGUAGCUUUGAAAGAUGUGUCUAUAGUAUUUCACUGUGCCUCACCUGCACCAGCCAGUGAUGACCUCGCACUGUUUCAGAGGGUCAAUAUUGAUGGCACACGGACUGUUAUACAGGCCUGCCAUGAGGCAGGAGUGCAGAAAUUAGUACUGACCAGCAGUGCAAGUGUGGUGUUCGAAGGAACUGACAUCAAGAAUGGGAAAGAGGAUUUGCCUUAUGCAAAAAAGCCAAUAGAUUAUUAUACAGAAACUAAAAUCCAGCAGGAAAAGUUGGUGUUGGAGGCGUGCAGUAAAGAUAAGGGUUUUCUCACAGUUGCUAUCCGUCCGCAUGGCAUCUUUGGCCCCCGGGACCCUCAGUUAGUACCCAUCCUGGUAGACAUGGCCCGCAAAGGAAAGAUGAAGUUCAUUAUCGGAGAUGGAUCCAAUCUUGUGGACUUUACCUAUGUGGAGAAUGUAGUUCAUGGGCAUAUUUUAGCGGCUGAACGCCUGAAGCCUGAUUCUCCACUCUGUGGCCAGGCUUACCACAUAACCAAUGACGAGCCAGUGCGUUUCUGGGAUUUCAUGUCUCAGAUUCUGGUGGGUUUGGGCUACAGCGCCCCACGGUACCACCUGCCUUACAUGCUGGUGUAUGGAAUCGCCUUGCUGCUGUGGCUGAUCGCCUUCAUACUGCGGCCCCUGAUCCAGGUCAAACCCACCUUCACCCCCAUGCGAGUAGCUCUGGCUGGCACCUACCACUACUACAGCUGUGCCCGUGCCAAGCAGGACAUGGGUUACCAGCCCGUGGUUCCUUUACAAGAGGCUAUAGCACGCACUGUAGAGAGCUACCCACAUCUAAGGAAUGGAGUGUAAUACCACAGUAAAUACUUUUUUCUUGCACGCUGAGACUGGACUUUUUACUGACGUGUUUACUUUGUGCUGAACUGUAGUAUAAGCCUUAGAUUACCAUGUUUUUAUUUUAUAGGUGGCAUUAACAAUGCACUUAAUUAUUCCUAUUAAUUAAAUGUACAUUUUCACCAACCAAUGUUGGGUUCAGACGGAAAAUACCAAUAUUUGUGGAUCAAAAGAAUUCAAACUUUAUGAAACAGCUAUUCAAGUCUAACUCAUUUUUAUUCAAAUACCUAAUUGUAUCACAUUCCUUUUUUGGUUAAGGCUUAGGUAUAACUCUGUUGAACUUUUGUCUUUUUCUUUUUUGCUUUAAAUCAAACCUUUAAUUCUUCCCUAUGGGAAAAAUCAUUUUGGAAUCAAGACAGCUGAAAAAGUGGGCGGGCUUUGUUGUGGUCUGUCAAAAGCAUUUGUGGCAUAAUGUUGAUUAAAACAAAAAUAAUUUUGACUUGUCCCUUUCUUUAAAAAAGCAACAAUAUAAGUUUAAAUUGAGACCCUUACAAUGGAAAUGAAUGAGGACAAUUUUUUGGAAGGUUUAAAGACAGAAAUGUUAAGAUUAAAAUUGUAUUAACAUUCUUCUGUUAAAACUUAUGUAUUAUGUAUUAUUUGAGCUGUAAAGUUGUUUAAAUGGUUGUUUCACCUCAAUACGGGUGGUGGAGAAUGAAUCUCAGUUGCCUCCGCAUCUGAGACCGUCAAUCCACGCAUCUUAUUACGUGGCUUGUUGAGCACGUUACCGCGGAGACAUAGUGCAUGUGGAGGCUGCACGCUAUUCUCCGUGGCGUCCACGCACAACUCACCACACAUCCCACCGAGAGCGAGAACCACAUUAUAGCAACCAUGAGGAGGUUACCCCAUGUGACUCUGGUUGUGACUGUGGUUGCUUAGGAGACCUGGCUGGCAUGCCCUGGAUUCGAACUCGAGACUCCAGGGGUGGUAGUCAGUGUCUUUACUCGCUGAGCUACACAGGCCCCCCCAUAUUAUAUGUUCCUAAAGUAAAGAAGUACAAUUUGAAAUACAUUUUUGUGAUAAUCAGCAUUCUGCCCCAAAUGGUGUCGAUUGAACUUAACUUGUAGUUAACGCUGAAUAUUCUUUAAUAUUGUUCCUGCCCCCAAGUGAUGUUAGUGGAAAAAGAAUGUUGGUUUAGAGGUGGAGCAAUUUGUUACAUUUUGAUUAAAGAUUACAAAGCUAAAAACAACAAGACCAUGAAUGUGUAUUAUGAACCUAAAUGGGGUCAAAUUUGAUUUCACGUUCACCUAAAAGUCACAUUUUGGUGGUUGUAUUAUGACAAUCUGUUUCUGCGUCAACAAAAAGACCAGUUUGCGUAGAAUGUCAUUGAAUUAAGUCAUCAUGAUGUCACACCUUUUAGUAAUUAUAAUUGUAAAAGGAGUAUUAAUGGGAUGGACAUACACACUCUUUUACCUGUGAAGCAUUUUUCCUGUCCAUUUCACUAUCACUCAUAUUUCAUGACAAAUCACAUCAAUCACAUAUGCAUAUAACUUUCAUUUCACACUAGUAAUACUUCAGCGAUACAUUAUAAACAAUGACAGCAAUGUUUCCCCAAUGGUACAUUUUUUCAAUUCCUCCAACAGGCGUUGAAUGGGAGGUGGGGGUGUUGUUCAGAUAGCUGACAUUCCCCAUGCAAAGAUCUGAAUCACUAUCACUAUGACUCACAAUCGUCAAACCGGUUUCUUUCCCACUGCAGUAGGCGUUACCCAUGAUGAAACUGUAUCGGGCCUCUUGGUUCUCUCUCGAGACGCGCUCACAGGGGUGUGAAUGUGUCUUUAGGCAGCAGAAUGCUGGUCAUUGGGUUAGUGAGUAUCCUAGAGACUGCACACACCCUAUUUGUUGUAGAGUGUGUGAGACAGUUGUACACUGUGGUUUGGAUUGGUGCUUCCGUGUUCAUUUAUGGACACUUGACUCAGCAGUUCACCUUGACUGAACAUUGGGUUACCAUUGACACACGUUUAUCUAAGCAGUUAGUUGUAGGCUGUCGUUUGAUGUCUGGAAUCACAGUUGUGUACAGUUGUUUUUGUUUCAGCAUCAGCGGUCUUUAAUAUAAAAAAAAACAUUUAUUCAUUUAUUCCCAAAAACUAUAAAAAUGCAGUUCAAACACAAAAUGUCUUGGAUAAACCUAAUUAACAUUUCUGAAUUAAAUUGUAGACUAUUUAGACUAAUAUAUAUAUAUAGAUUAUACAGUUUUUCACAAGUCCUCAGAAGUUUAUAUACUCUUUGUUAGUAUUUGGUACCAUUGCCUUUAUAUUGUUUAACUUGGGUCAAAUGUUUUGGGCAGCCUUCCACAAGCUUCUCUCAAUAAUUUGCUGGAAUUUCGGCCCGUUCCUCCAGACAGAACUGGUGACCUACAAGUCAUGAUUGUAGGCCUUGUUGCUUGCACACGCUUUUUCAGUUCCGCCCACAAAUUUUCUGGUCAGGGCUUUGUGAUGGCCACUCCAAUACCUUGACUUUGUUGUCCUUAAGCCAUUUUGCCGCAACUUUGGAGGUAUGCUUGGGGUCAUUGUCCAUUUGCGACAGAGCUUUAACUUCCUGGCUGAUGUCUUGAGAUGUUGCUAAAAUGUAUCCACAUAAUUGUCCUUCCUCAUGAUGUCAUCUAUUUUGUGAAGUGUACCAGUCCCUCCUGCAGCAAAGCACCCCACAACAUUAUGCUGCCACCCCCAUGCUUCACGUUGGGAUGGUGUUCUUCGGCUUGCAAGCAUCACCCAUUUUCCUCCAAACAUAACGAUGGUCAUUAUGGCCAAACAGUUCCAUUUUUGUUUCAUUAGACCAGAGAAAAUUUCUCCAGAAGUAAGAUCUUUGUCCCCAUGUGCACUUCUGGCUUUUUUAUGGCGGUUUUGGAGCAGUGGCUUCUUCCUUGCUGAGCAACCUUUCAGGUUAUGUCAAUAUAGGACUGGGAUAUAGAUACUGUUUUACUGUGGAUAUAGAUACUUGUCUACCUGUUUCUUCCAGCAUCUUCACAAGGUCCUUUGCUGUUGUUCUGAGAUUGAUUUGCACUUUUACACUUUGUCUCCUUCCUGAGUGGUAUGAUGGCUGCAUGGUCCCAUGGUGUUUAUACAGUCUAACAGUCUGUCUGUAAACAAUUGUUGGGAAAAUGUAUCAUGUCCUAGUAGAUGUCCUCAACGAAUUGCCAAAACUAUAGUUUGCUAAUAUGAAAUCUGUGGAGUGGUUGAAAUAUUAGUUUUAAUGACUUCAACCUAAGUGUAAGUUAACCUCUGACUUCAACUGUACGUACAUAGACCUUUUUAUUUAAUGGCCAAUAUUUUUACUCCGGAUUUAUUAAUUUAUUCAAAAAAGAACAAAAAUGCAGACAAAUGAACAUUUCUGAAUUAAAAUGUGUUAAUUCAUAUAUACUUAUAAAAUUAUAUUUUAUAUAAAAUAUAAGACAAACAUUCUUAGGAAAAAGGAUGUCAUUCGUAUAUAUGUGUGUGUGUGGGGGUGUUUUGUUUUGAGAGUUUUGUUUAAAAAAAAAAAAAAAGAAGAAAAAAAGUAUGUAUAUAUGUAUGUAUAUUAAAAUUCCACAAUCUUUCAAUGUGAUGUAACUAACACGCAGGAAGCCAUUUUGUUGAAAAUAUUAUAGUUCGAUUUUUGUAUUAUUAUUAAUGAAUUACAAGAUUUA